CGUUACAGUUCGUUCACAUCAGAGGCCUCUGCGAUCACCACCGCCGCCGCCAUCCUACACGGAAAACUCAAGGCUAUUGAAGCAAGCUUGAAUCGAAGGACAGAGGAGGAGCAGUAAUGGGCGAAACGGCCACGUGCGUAGACAUCCUCUUGGCCAUCAUCUUGCCUCCUCUGGGGGUCUUCCUCAAGUAUGGCUGCAAGAUUGAGUUCUGGAUCUGCCUUCUGCUGACCAUACUCGGCUAUAUUCCCGGGAUUAUUUAUGCUAUCUGGAUCAUCACCAAGAACUGAAGGGCACACACCCUUGUGUGGGUUACGAUCCAAGAAAGGAAUAAAGUCGUGCUUGUAUUAUCAAGAAGAUGGGACCUUUCAUGCCCCAUGUGGUGGUGAUCAUAGAACUAAUUGUGUGUGUAUAAUCUGUCGAUUUUUUUUUUUUUGUGGCUUUGUAUCGGUGUGCCGUCGUCCCUUUCUUUUAACCCGGUUCUAAUUUGCCAUUUGGGUUCCCUUUUGUCUGUUUAAAUCAAGUCGUCGGGUUGUGUAAGUAAGAUUUAUUCCAUUGUUGACUGUUGUAAACUGCUGUUAUGUGAGAAUUGUUAUCUGU